CUUUUUUUAAUAGUGUCGUAUAAACUAGUGUUUCUUGUUCAGCUAACUGUAUUAUAGUUGUUAGCAAAAGAUAAGAGAAACAAAAGAAAACGCUAAAAAAGAGAGAACAACCAAGAUAAAGAAAAAGCCAGUUACAAGCUCAAACUCCCCUGUAUACAAUAAGAAAGCCUUCAUUUUGAUCUUUCUUUCUUCAUUAACUUGUUAUUGGGUUUUUGAAAUGUUGAAGAUUUUCAGGGCUUAUCAACUCUUCGUUGAUUUCCUCCUCAUUUUCUCUGUAUUCCUUGCUGUUUUUCUCACAGAAUAGUGAAUGAUGAUAAAUCAAUUUCAAGGUGUUUGCUGGAUAUUAAAGACACGCAUUUGAUUUGUUUCUUGCUUUUUGUGAGGGAAAGGGUGUUGUGAGUGUAAUCAAUAAUCUGGCUUGUAUGCAUAUAUAGUCACAGACAUGAAGCAGAUGGCAGCUGAGCUCGUCAAUUCUGCAACCAAUGAUAAGCUGGCUGAAGUAGAUUGGACCAAAAAUAUUGAAAUCUGUGAAUUAGUUGCACAUGAUGAAAGGCAAGCUAGAGAUGUUGUUAAAGCUAUUAAAAAGCGUUUGGGGAGCAAGAAUGCCAAUACUCAAUUAUAUGCAGUAAUGUUGUUAGAGAUGCUGAUGAACAAUAUUGGGGAGCAAGUUCAUAGACAGGUGAUUGAUACAGGGAUUCUGCCCAUUCUUGUCAAGAUAGUGAAGAAAAAGACAGAGUUGCCUAUACGAGAAAGGGUAUUUCUUCUUCUAGAUGCCACACAGACAUCUCUCGGUGGUGCUUCUGGAAAGUUCCCACAGUUCUAUACUGCAUAUUAUGAUUUGGUGAGUGCCGGAGUGCAAUUUCCUCAGAGGCCUCAUGAAAGACCAUCAAGCGAAAGACCGUCAAAUAAUCAGACUGCCCAAGAAAAUAAGAAAAUUACACUCAAUGGGGAACUUGCUGCCUCUAGACAUGAAAUGGUUGCUCAGCCAGCACCAGUGGAGCCUCAAGCUGUUCCGGAAUCCAGUAUUAUUCAGAAGGCUAGUAAUGCUCUGGAGGUUUUGAAAGAAGUCCUUGAUGCUGUUGAUUCUCAAAAUGGGGCAAAGAAUGAGUUUACUCUUGAUCUCGUGGAACAAUGUUCAUUCCAAAAGCAGAGAGUAAUGCAUCUUGUGAUGACUUCUAGGGAUGAAAAGUUGGUCUCUCGAGCUAUUGAAUUGAAUGAGCAGCUACAGAAAGUUCUAGCAAGACAUGAUGCCAUUCUUUCUGGGAGAUCUACAGUUUCAGAUAGGAAUACCUUUUCCGAUAGAACUACCACAGCUCCAAAUCAUUUUAAUCAUGAAGAAUCAGAGGAAGAAGAGGAGCCUGAACAGCUUUUCCGAAGGUUAAGAAAAGGAAAGGCCUGUGCAAGACCUGAAGAUGAAGGCAACUCAGAAGAGCGUCCCCCUUUGGGCAUAAUUGGAUCAACCAUUCCAGGAGAAAGGCUGAACCGUCCACUUAUACGGCCACUUCCUUCAGAGCAGCCACAAGAACCCAGUGCACAUCCUGCACCUGUUGUAAUUCCACCGCCACCUGCAAAACACAUUGAAAGGGAGAAAUUCUUUCAGGAAACGAAGGCUGAUGGUUCUGAUGUGGAUAGCCACAUGAGGGGUCUUUCAUUACACUGUCACAAUGCCAGCAGUUCCCGUGCUGGAAGCAUAGAUUUUAGUGAAUGACUUUGCACUAGAGCGAUGUUCACUUCAACUCAUGGUUUUUCAUCAGUCUGUAUUUAGUGAUUUAUGUUACGGUGGUUUCUCAUGCACUGUUUAUGAGGGUGGUUUUUAUUGUUAGUCAGGUAUUAGUGGGUAUAGGAAGGUUACAGAUGCAGAACUUGUCAUAUUCUUGUCUCAUUUGACUACUAAUUUAAGUUUUACUUCUGCUCCUGAAGAGUUCUACCUAAGUUUGCACUUUUAAGCAAGCUGGAACUCUGUUUCUGUCUUGGGAGGGGUUUGUGUACAGGAGGUUUUUCUAUAUGUUAUUCCUUAUUGGUUAUUAUCA